AUGAGGCCUAAUCCACUGCAUAUAACUUUCAAGAAUCCAAAUUGGCCUGCCAAUUUUAUAACUCCCGAGAAUGUCCUCGAAUAUUUUUGCAACUCUGACAAUGCAUUUUACGACAAAGCAUCAUGUAACGAAAACGUACGGAUGCAGAAUAUUUCGCGACCGCUGGAGGAGUGUUUACUUUCAAUGACUGGUAUCCAGUAUGUGUUAUGGAGUGCGCAACCGCCUCUUUAUGUGAUUUGUAAACAUCGUCGAAAUAAUAUGCAGAACGAUAUAAUGUUGCGAAGGGUUACUACUGGCAGUUCGACAAGAAGCCUGUUGUCAAAAAAGGAGGACGAAAAGUCAGAAGAGGAGCAGCCACUCCAAGCUCGCAGCACACACUUUCAGAAGACACGCACUCAUAUGCUGAUGCAGAACCUCUUUGAAAUGUUCCCAGCUGGGAACGCUGUGGCAAUUUCGGACCCUCCUGAAAAGUCGGAACCAAUGGAUACCGAGGAAAAGCCAGAAACAAAUGGUGAUGUUGCAGCACAACAAACUGAAGAAACGACUCAAGCGCCCAGCACUUCAGCCGCCAAGUCUAAAUAG